AUGAAUCGCAGUGUGUGGUACGUUUGUUUGUUAACUCUGUGCCUGGUCUUAUCUGCACAGCUGAAAGACCACCGGACUCGAUCUAGACGCUUUCUUAUCUUUCCUCGUCAAUCCCCAACUAGGCAUCAGUUCAUCGCCGGCAUUGGAAUCCCGGCUGAUCUGUCAUAUGAAUCCCUAACCGUCGGUCAUGUACUGAAAUCCGAGUUCUUUCUGCCGUAUAAUGCCAGCGUGUACCGACAAAACCCAUAUCUGCCGGAAUACCUGCCGUCAAGAGUGUCCUUAAAUGAUGGCAGCGACGGAAUCACAAUUCGUCACAUGGCAAAAAAUCCCUCCGAGAUGCGAUGGCAAAUUUACGCUUACAUUGAGCACAUGUUGAAUGGUUAUGGCUAUAACGGACAUGAAUGCCUGCUUCAAGCCAUUUGCGAAGCAAGUUCGAUUCGAUUUUCAAGGAACUUUAAUGUAUUUCAUGAAUUGCUGCACUUGAUGCUAAGUCCUUCCACAACGCUGAAUAAGGACUCAGUCGAAGCUUUCGAUUUUAUGCUGGCCGAAAAAUCUAAUAAGAACAAUUGCGAAAUCUACGAUUGUAACUUUAAACUUUUGGAUUGGAUUUCGAAAGUAAUACGUAUCAAUAUUUAA